UUUACUGAAGGGAUUCCUGGUGGUUCUUCCUAGACAUCUGUCAACCUCAUUUCAUCUAUACACUCUUACAAUCGUUGAAAUCAAGGAUCAACCCAUGCCGGACUGGAUCUUCCCGCUCCUUCAGUGGGUUCUUAUCCCUCUGCUCUGUGGUUGUGUCGCUGCCUUCACCUCUCCCUCCUCAGAAGCUCGAUACGCCGCAGCGGUUGUGAUCCUUUCUCUAGCUAUCUCCGUGCAAAACUAUAUCCGCGCCGUGGCUGCGAGCUGGCUGAUUGCUGGAUUAAUUUCGAUCUUUACCUGGAUGAGUGUGCUCAAUUCUCUAGACGUCCUCCUCCACAGUCGCAUCAACUACCCGGAACACAUGGAGUGGAAGAAACACAAUCCCAGCCAGGACGCACCCGUUCUUUACAACACCACAAGAGAAAAAGUCGAAUUGGCGUUGAAUAUUCCGUGGAAUUAUCGUCGAGUCCGUACCAAGUGGCAAAUUAAGAACAUUCCUUCAUUCGAUCCAACCGAGCCUGGAUAUGUUCCGAAUCGGUGGACCUUCGUCGCACAUCGACUUCUGACGGUACUUAUAGCAUUGCUCUGUGUGCAUUUUACUCAGUAUCACCCACAGUGUGAUGAAAAUGAUUGCACUAGACUGCAUAUCUUACUUUCCGAAGAACGGCAGAGUUUAUUUCCAAAUCAAUACUGGUUCUCGACAGAAGCACUAUCCGCGCGCCUCUACUUUGUCAUUUCGUUCAUGACGAGUGCCUGGUUCUCCCAAAGAGCUAUUUAUAACAUAGCAUCGGUCAUCGCGGUAGUAUCUCGUAUAUCGGACCCUGCAGACUGGCCACCAUUUCAAGGUGCUUUGAGUGAAACAUGGACUGUUCGCCGCUUAUGGGGGCGAACCUGGCACCAAACGCUCCGACAACUCCUGAGUUCCAAUGCCGACUUUCUGGUAUUCUCGAUAUUCCGCCCUGGAACGAUCUGGGCCCGAUACGCCCGCUACUUCGUCGUGUUCUUCUUGUCUGGAGUGAUACAUACAUUUCUUGACGAGGCGUCGGGCAUACCGGUAGAAUCGAGCAGGAGCUUAUUAUUUUUCACGAUCCAGCCCAUUGCCUUUGCAGUAGAGGAUGUCGCCGAGAAUUUGGCAAAACGAUAUGGUGUCUUCACCACAGACACUCCGCUCAGGCGUCUCGUUGGCUACAUCUGGGUUGGGGUGUUCUGCCUAUGGGCGUCUCCUAUGUGGCUUUACCCCGUUAUGCGUUUUCUGUUGGCAAAUGGACAGCCUGUUUCUAUUGUGAAUUUACGGGGUGUCACUCAGUGAUUUGUUCAUCCUCAUGUCAGUGAGACUUUCUUCUUCUUCUUCUUCUUCUUCUUCUUCUUCUUCUUCUUUCUUUUUCUUUCUUUUUCUGUUUCUGUUUCAAACUCCAUCUAAAUUCUGUACCCUAACUCUAGGAGGUGCCCGAACGAGCGGGGGACGUUCUCUUUCCUUUGCCUAAAGAUACGGACUUUGAGAAUAUUGAUCAGUUAUUGAAGAUGAACUUCCAGAUUGCUUUUACCAACUUCCAGACAGAGUAUCUGUAGCUGCCUUAGCCAGUAUAGCUUAGGGUUUUCAUACGGAUUCCGAACAACUCCCCCGCGCACGUCAGAACGUAGGAUGAACUACUCUCUCUCUCCCCCCUGAUUCCUUAUAGUACAGGGAAUAUCAAUCCGUUGA